AUGACAUCCAGGAGAAUAAUCGAUAUUCUGGUGGUGAUUGGCCCGAGUGGGUGUGGAAAAUCAACCCUCAUCCGCCGUCUGCUGCGCGAAUUUCCGCGCGAUGUGGCGUUUAGCGUCAGCCAUACCACGCGCCCGCCGCGUGCGGGCGAAAUCGAUGGUGUUGACUACCACUUUGUGGAAAAAGCCCAUUUUGAGGAGCUCCUCGAGCGUCGGGCGAUGAUCGAAUACACCUGGUUAGGUGGAGGGGAAACGGACAAGAACAAAGGGGAGACAGAGAACGAGAGGGAGGAAGGGAAAACGCGGGCCUCUCGGAAUUACUACGGUACGAGCGUUCGCGCGCUCGAGGAGAUUCUCGCGCAAAACAAGAUUGUCCUGAUGGAUACCGAUAUCCUCGGGGCGAUGCGAAUACGCCGUUACUGCGAGCAGAAGGCGAUGUCGCUCGGAUCGGCUUCCCCAUCGCUGUGGAAUCGGGAGGCUACCAGAAACACUUCGUUUAGCGAUAUUCAGGAGGUGAAGAUGAACCCCAUGUGCGGUGAGUAUCGCCAAAGCACGGAGGAAGGGGCUUUGCGCUCUCCGAACUGCACGGUUAUUUUUAUUGAGCCGCCGGACAUGUCAACCCUGAAAGCCCGGUUGUGCGCACGAAAAAGCGAAUCCGAGGAUUCCCUUGCGUUUCGAUUGAGACUGGGAAGUGGGUGGAUUCGAUGGGCCGAUGCGAAUAAAGAGUUGAUUGAUUAUCGUCUUAUUAAUGAUGACUUGGAGCAAUGCUAUGCGAAGAUUAAGAGUAUUCUGUUUGAAGGCUGCCCAAAGUCCCUCUCUAGUUCGCUCUAA